AUGUCUGCCGAGGAACUAGCUUUCGAGCGUAACCCAGCUUUCAAGACCGCCAGAGACGAGUCCUCGAGCCUCCCCAAGUUCGAGAAAUCAUCAGACAAUCCCACCAACGAACAGCUCCUUUUGCUUUACGCCCUCUUCAAGAUCGGGAAAGGUGACGACAUCACCAAGGCCCCGUCCGUCGGCAUGUUCCAAAUCCAGCAAAAGCAUAUGCGAGCGGAAUGGCAAAAAAAGGUUGAUGAGGGAGUUACUCAAGAGGCAGCCCAGCAGUUGUACAUCGAGGAGGUGGAGAAAAUGAAGAAAGAUGUCGCUGAGAAAAUUGCCAACGGAUGCAAGGUGAAGGAGGGUAAUUGA